AUGGGUACUAAGAUCCUACAAUACCACAAGUGGUGGCACGUGAUGAUAGCCAGCUCGGCCCCCGCCCCGACGUCUACCGCAGGGAGCUGGCCAGAUGAUCGGCUUCGUUCAGUCAGGUUUACCACCGAUGAUGGUCCUAAAAGGAUGGAAACUUUCACAUUUGCGCUAUCCACGCAGGUAAACCUGCCUGUGUGGAUCAAAAUUGGCACGCUCGAGGGCAAACAGAAACAGAUACCAUUCUCGCGCCUUGUCCAAGACCCAGAGCUGCGAUAUCUCGGAUCUACUCAGAACCCUGUAUCGGAUCUGUUUGUCACAGUCCAAUUAUGGUCCGACUCAAAGCCCCUUGGGGUACCCAUGCAGACUGCCUACAAGGCAUUCAAAGUGAGCCGAACAUGGAAUGAGUGGCUGCGCAUGCCCAUGCCAAUUAAGGACGUACCCCGGAACUCACAGCUGGCAAUUACGGCCUGGGACAUAUCUCCACUAGCAGGCGAUAAAAGCCACUAUGUCCCCUACGGAGGAACAACGAUACAGCUGUUUGACAGCGAAGGCAAGCUGAAGAUGGGACGUCAGAAGUGCAAGUUAUACCGCCAUAAAGCUGCGGAUGGCUUCUCAUCAACAACCACACCAUCCACGCCUCCGCCCAAACGACGGAGACAGGGUACACGGGACCCUCUGGGCCCUUCGCCAGAGGAAGAGGAGUUGGAGCGAAUUGAAGUAUUGAUCAAGAAGCAUGAGAUGGGUGACAUCGCUCGAAUUGACUGGAUGGACCAGAUGGUGUUCCGCCAAUUGGAGAAGCUCAAAAUACAAGCCGAAGAAGCGGCGAAGAAAAGAGCUAUACUUAUGUUAGCUUCUAAGCCAAAGGACACUACUGGCGGGGCUGAUGAUGAUAGCUCCGAUGACGAAGGUAUCGACGACGAGAACUUUACCCUCUACGUGGAGCUCCCACGAUAUGAUCAUCCGAUCGUUUGGGCUGAUCAUCACUACCCUGCGCCGCCCAUAUCCGGGUAUACCCAGACUCUUCCCGUCCAUCCCAACUCUGCACUGAAACCUGUCCCAGAGGUCCGGUUUGGCCCCGGUAUCGAGGGAGCUGACGGUGCGGGCGUGAUCAAGAUCUAUGAUCCGGAAGUUGGAAUGACUGGGAACCCGUGUGAAGACAAACACCGGCGGCUAAUUCGUAGUCAUCGCACGGGGAUCAUGGAUCGGGACCUCAAGCCAAAUCCCAAGAACCGCGAUGAGUUGAAUGUUAUUCUAUCAUAUGAACCGACGCAGGAUCUGACCGCCGAAGAGAAAGACCUCAUAUGGCGGUUCAGAUACUAUUUAACUCGCGAAAAGCGGGCUUUGACCAAAUUUGUCAAAUCUGUCAACUGGCGAGAUGAUGGAGAAUCUCGACAAGCCGUUGAGAUCCUGCCCAAGUGGACUGACAUCGAUGUUGACGAUGCUUUGGAGCUUCUAGGUCCCACUUUUGACAAUCCUGCGGUACGCUCAUAUGCCGUGGCAAGACUACGCAAGGCAGAUGACGAAGAACUCCUUCUUUAUCUCCUACAACUGGUUCAAGCAUUGAAGUAUGAAGAGAAUGCUGAAAACAAUGGCGACGAGGCAGCCCACGACUCCUCACUAGCCAACUUCUUGAUCGCCCGUGCGGCCAACAAUUUCAAGCUCGGAAACUACCUACACUGGUACCUGAUCGUUGAGUGCGACGACGCAGGCCCAGGGCCACAGCGUGAACUAUUUGCCCGAGUCGAGUACGAUUUCAUGUCGGAGCUAGAGAAGAUCCACGUCGAACACCGAAAGACUCUUCUACGACAAGGCGAGCUGGUCGCUGUGCUCUCGAAGAUCGCCAAAGAUGUUCGAUUUUCCCGAGAGAACCGAGUUGUGAAAAUCGAAAAGCUGAAGAAAUCGCUCCGAGACCCAAAGAAUGACUUGAUUCAUUUUGACCCCCCCACUGCCACAACCGACGGCCGGCGAUACCCCCUGCUCUUCAAGAUUGGUGACGACCUCCGCCAGGAUCAGCUGGUCAUUCAGAUCAUCAUCCUCAUGGACCGCCUUCUGCUAAAAGAGAACCUGGACUUGAAAUUGACACCAUACCGUAUUCUAGCCACAAGCCCAACAGCAGGCGCAGUCCAGUUCAUUCCUUCGACCUCCCUCUCCGCCGCAUCCGCCAAGUACAAAUCCAUCCUCGCAUACCUGAAAAAGCACAACCCGGACGAGAAUGAACCCCUGGGUGUCCGCAAGGAGGCUAUGGAUACCUAUAUCAAAUCCUGUGCUGGCUACUGCGUAAUCACAUACCUUCUUGGUGUCGGUGACCGCCAUCUGGAGAAUCUACUUUUGGCACCGGAUGGUCACUUCUUCCACGCAGACUUCGGGUUCAUCCUGGGCCGAGACCCUAAACCCUUUGCACCGAUGAUGAAACUCUGCAAAGAGAUGGUUGAAGGAAUGGGAGGCACUACCUCCCCUCACUACAUGCAAUUUAAACAGUAUUGUUUCACGGCAUAUACUACGCUUCGCAAGUCCGCCAAUCUGAUCCUCAACCUUUUCAGUUUGAUGGUGGAUGCCAAUAUCCCUGAUAUUCGUGUGGAACCCGACAAAGCCGUACUGAAAGUCAAGGAACGCUUCCAUCUGGAGAUGACGGAAGAGGAAGCCAUUCGCCACUUCGAGCAGCUUAUUAGUGACAGCGUUAAUGCUAUAUUUGGCGUUGUGAUUGAUCGUCUUCAUGACUUUGUGCAGGGCUGGAGGGCAUAA